AUGCCGCUCGCCUCGUCCCGACUGCAUCUCUCGUCUCCGCCCUUCUCGUCUGCUUGGAAGGCUCGAACGCCCGGCUCACGGCAGAAGCGCAAAUCCCGUGGACGAGGCCUGCGAGCUACGACAGGCUGUGUCAUCUGCAAGCGCCGCCAUGUGAAAUGCGACGAGGUUCGUCCUCGAUGUGGACCCUGCGCCAAAGGACAGCGCCCCUGUGUCUAUGCAUGUCAAGAUGCCUCCAUCAGCCGCGACUCUGUCGAUGGGAGUCCUCGAUACACCAUGCCGUUCCCGGCGCCGCGAAACCUCGUAGAUCAGCAACAGGUCCACGAGCCGCUGCAGGUGCUGGUUGAUGCGUGUCACCAGGAACAGCCAAUCCAUCAGAAAACCUCCCAGCAGGAGCUGGAUCAGUCAACCGAUGUGGUGACCGAGUCAGAACCCAAAGUCUUGACAGGCUCGGCAGUCCCGGCCGCUCUCUCGACUCCGAGGCCUGGCUAUGGAUACGUCCCAUCUCCAGGAACUGACAAUUCCGCUGCAUCGACGCGGAUUGCUCCGCUCAGCUGGUUUGAGCUGCUCGCUACUGAUGCCGCCAAUGCGGACGACAGAUUCCUCCUCUCUCCUCCGCAACAGUUUCCCCAGUCUCGAACCGAUGAACCGACUGAAGAUCCUCGAAAUAGUUCCAACUUACGCCCGCGGACGUUACGAGAACGCGAGAGCUUCUAUGCCGCGGCCUUCCCACGAAACCUUGAAAUCGAACAACGACUUGCUUCACAUACCCCCGAAGGAGCUUCUACCGUAUCUGAUGACCCUUUGUCCUGGAGCACCUACACCCCUAUUCCAUUGUCGAAUCUCGAACAUCUCCUGUUUUCACAUUUCAUUCACGUCUCUAGUCAGUGGUUAGAUUUUUACGACCCCAUCAAACAUUUCUCGUCGGUGGUGCCCCAUCUGGCUCUUCGAAACGUGGGCUUGAUGCGUGCGCUGCUGGCCCUCUCCGCCCGUCACCUCUCCCUCGAUGCCGAACAGCAACAUGCUGCGCACACUUCGUUAGAUACAGAUGGACUAUCGCUUCUCAAUCACACCGAGGCGCCGCAGCAUGACAAGAUCGACCGUAAUUUGGCUGUGCAAUACUACUAUGAAACCCUCCAUUAUCUCAACCGAGCGAUGCAACACCCCUCCUACGCGCGCAGCCUCGAGGUCAUCGCCACCUCCCUGCUCAUCAGUACCUACGAAAUGAUAGAUGGGUCCAACCAAGAUUGGGAGCGCCAUCUCAAAGGUGUCUUUUGGAUCCAACGUUUUCAAGAUAAUGAUGGGGAAUCUGGAGGGCUGCGACAGGCAGUCUGGUGGGCCUGGUUGCGACAGGACGUUUGGGUGGCCAUGCGUGAGCGGCGCAGGGUCUUCAGCUUCUGGCAGCCGAAGAAGCCUCUGGCAGCGUUGACAGCCCCUGAGCUUGCGACACGCGCCACCUAUCUCCUCGCGCAAUGUGUCAAUUAUAUCUCAAAGGAAGAGCAAGAAACUUCUACACUGGAGCGGCGUCUCGAACGCGGCAGCGAGCUGUUGUUCCUACUUCAGGAGUGGUACGACCAUUUGCUGCCUGAAUUCAAUGCUCUGCCUCUUUCCUCGGACAUUGAUACAUUCCCUCCUAUUUGGGUGAAUCCAUCUUCCUAUGCAGCAGCCUUGCAGGUGCAGAGCCUGGCCCGGAUCUUGGUCAUUCUUCAUCGACCGUCUACUGGUGGUAUGGAGGACUACAGAGCUGCGCAGAAGCUCUUGACGUUAUCUGUAAAUACGAUAUGCGGGCUCACACGCACCAUUGAUGAAAAAGAUCAUGCGGCAAGCUUGGUCGCUAUACACUGUUUGUUCGGGGCUGGAAUGUGCGUUCAUACGCCAUACGAGCGUAUUGCUCUUCUCGAACUUUUGGAUUCGUGUCAACGAAGGGUCCAUUGGCCAUUGGUCUCGCUUCGGAAGGAGCUCGAAUUGGAAUAUGCAAAGGAUGCCCUUCCCAGUUACAUUACAUGA